UUUCGUUAUUUUUUUUUUUUACGUUGUCACAAUGGCUCGUAUGAACAGACCGGCCCCUGUGGAGAUCACCUACAAGAACAUGAGGUUCCUCAUCACCCACAAUCCCACCAACGCCACCCUAAACAAGUUCAUUGAGGAGCUGAAGAAAUAUGGAGUCACCACCGUAGUGAGAGUUUGUGAGGCCACCUAUGACGCCACCCUGGUGGUGAAAGAGGGGAUCCAGGUUCUGGAUUGGCCGUUUGAUGAUGGAGCUCCUCCCUCCAACCAGAUCGUGGAUGAUUGGCUGAACCUGCUGAAGCUGAAGUUCAGGGAGGAGCCCGGCUGCUGCAUAGCUGUCCACUGUGUGGCAGGACUGGGGAGAGCUCCUGUUCUGGUUGCGCUCGCCUUGAUAGAGUGUGGGAUGAAAUAUGAAGAUGCUGUCCAGUUCAUUCGACAGAAGCGUCGAGGAGCAUUCAACAGCAAGCAGCUGUUCUACCUGGAGAAAUAUCGUCCAAAGAUGCGCCUGCGCUUCAAAGAUUCCAACGGCCAUCGCAAUAACUGCUGCAUCCAGUAGAGCCAAACCCUGAGCCACGCCAACCCCCCCCACCCCCCCCACCCCCCGAACCCCCCCCACCCCCCCCCCCCCCCCCCCCCCCCCACCCCCCACUACAGAAGAGUUCAAUUCAACCUUGCUAGCUUAUUACCUGGCAGGCGUGUUUUCUUAAUCAUUGUGUUGAAGUAUUUUUAUUUGGAAAACCAUGCGCGGUAAUUCAACUGUCCCCCUCCCUCUUCAGGUUCAAAAUCAAGUGUCAAAAAAAAAAGUUUAAAAAAAAAAAAAGAAAAACACAGAGUUGUGUGAACCGGGAUCAAAGUGUUUCCUCUUCAUGUGCCCAUUUAAAAGAAAAUAAAAAAUAAAAAAAAAUUAGGAAGGGCAGCACUGAGUCGUGUAUCGUUGUAAGAUGUUGGAUUAAUUGUUUUUCUGCAAACGCAUCCCAAAGAUUUUGAUUGGCCAGUGCGUUUACAUUGCCUGAGAAUGUGCUGAUUUAAAAACAACAUUUUUAAUUUCACGUGAGCAAUUAUGUCCCCCCUCGUUCAAUUUUAGGGUUCCGUUUGAAGACUGACUAGAAAGAGUUAUGCCUUCCUUGAAAUCAGAUGGUUCAUCCAUAAAUGCCUUACAAUCGAAGUGGAACAAAGGCAAUCGAGGUGGGAGUCGUCUCCCGCUGGCAUUUGGAAAAGGUGUUUCAUUUUUCUACUCGGAACAACAACAAAAAAAAAAAAGAAAUAGUUGCCUUUGUCUUGUGCAGGAAGUCUUACACACACUUAUGCCCUUUCAGUAACUAUUUUUUAAUAUAAAAUGCUUAAUUGUUGCAAUAUUUGUCAAUUGAAAGUCUAGGAACUCGUACUUUUUUUUCUUUUAUCUAUCAAACCUUCUGUUUACUAAUUAACUGCCAUGUCCAAAAUGUGAUUUUAUUUUAUCUUAAUUUUUUUUUUUCCGUUUUUUUUUUUUUUUUCCGUUUUUUUUUUUUUUUUUUGCUUCAAACUGGACUUCCAACGUCUGCGAUAUUUUGUAUGCCUUUUUAUUUGAUGUCCGUAACUUAAGACUUGGAUACUUGAUGAUUUUAUGUAUUUGAAAAUGUGUACUAUUAUUAUUAGGUUGGCUAUUUAUACUAUCAAUGGAUGUGUGAUUUAGUACCGUGAGCGACAAAGUUGUACCUGUUCACCAACUUGUGAGAGUACAUUAAAUGAUACACUGAAAAAACAACAAAGAGAA